CGAGUGAGGAGGGAGCCUGCUGAUUACGGUAUACUGGUAGUGACAGUAAGUGUCUCCAUUAUACACCCGCAUGGAGCAGAGACUAGCUUCAUGUGCUAGAUUCUUGCUUGUAGAUCUGUGUUCUGCAUUGUCAAUGUUAGGGUCCUCUGAACAUUGAUUCUUGGUGAUUUGUUCCGCCUAUUGUACUGCUUGUUCAUUCAUUCAUUAUACACCCGCAUUGAACUCGGGGAGGCUGCCAUCAAAGCUUAGAGCGCCAUGGGCGCAUCCGCAGCUGUGAGCUCCAUCGUUGGUCGGCACCUGAUUGCUUCUGAUGGUGAUGUCUGCCGGCCCAGGAAGCGAUGGCAGCGGCCCACAUUAUCGGUUGCUGAUUCCCCUCUGACUCUGCACCAAUUGGGCGCGCCUUGCCUAUCGCAAUGGCAUUCAGCCAAGGUGGCAGCAGGCAGAAGGGGCCACUUGGGUGAACUGCAGCAUCGAUCUGCUGUGCAAUUCUUGAGCAAGGCCCCUCAGGCUCUGCUCGGGUCUCGCUUUGUGCCCCCAGCUUCCCCAAGCAUCUGCCAAAAUCUGCUGGUGCGUUUGGAUGCACGCAAGGCAGCUAGGAGUGGCAGCAAGGUCGUGGCACAAACGACCGCUACAGGGGCAACCCCAGAUGCUGAUGGCUGGAUCAGAUAUCAAGGCAAUGUGAGCAAGGGUCCUCAGGCAGCCUGGCUGCCCAUUGCCAUUGGUGUGGCCACCGGCGUGUACGUGUACCCCAAGAUCCUCCCCUACAUGCUCAUGCUGCUGGACAACAUCCUCCAGCACUGGCCCCCGCACUACCUGGGAAUCACCGCGGUGGACGCACUCCUAGGUAUCCUGGUGCCUUUUUUCCAGGACGUCUUUGCCUCCGCUGACUACGGCCGCAUCAUCGUGGCCUACUUCUCCGCUGUCAUCCUGUCAUGGGCCCUCGCAGCCGGCAUUGAGUCCUCGCGCCUGGACGCCCACCGCAGCAAGCUGAUCAAGUUCUUCUCGCCGCUGGUGUCGGUGGAGAUUUUCUCGGGGGUGGGCGUCCUGACGCCCCUCCUGUGGGUGGCGCCCUUCCUGCGCAUGCCCGGCAACACGGACUCGGCCGCCCAGCUGACCCCCGCUGUCGUGGCCAACAAGCUGGUGUCGGCGCAGCGCGUGCGGCUGCUGUCGCUGGUCAUCCUCGCCUCGUUCGUGCCGUACGUCGCGGGCUACUUUUUGACCUCCACCCGCUACCACGUGAAUCAGCUGCUGGUUGCGCUUCCUCCCCUCGUGUGGCCCCUCCUGUGGGGCUCCACGGGCACCACCGACGCGGACAGCCCCGUCGCGGGCCACUCCGCCGCGGAGCGCCUGCACUCCCUGGCCGUCGGGGUGGGCCUGCUGCAGCACGCGAUGUGCGUGGCGCAGCUGGUGGAGCGGCCCGACAUGCUGGCACGCGCCGCGGGGCUGCUCCACAACCACCCGAUGCACAUGCGGCCCACGCUGUUCGUGCUGGUCACAACGACCAGCCUCUGGGCAGCGUUGCUGUCCAUCCCCCUGGCCCAGGAAGGGCCCAAAGCCGCCUUAGGCGUCGUGGGGAAGAGCAUCCUUCUUGGACCGGCGGCUGCAAUGUCGCUCUACUUUGCGGCAAGGGAGAGGGCGUACCUAGACGUGGCUUUAAGGGCAAAUCCCGUGCUUUGAGGAGCGACAGAAUCAGCAGAUUUCACCACUGCUCCUCGCCUUCUGUAGCGUGUUGAGUGCUUAUGAUUUGGAUGUCUGUCGAAAUUAUGUAACAAGUGGAAUUGUGUUUGAAACUCUCGGCCCUCUGAAAGAGGGAUCGAGUUAUGUAACAAGUAGGAGCGCAAUACGUGCAACUAUGCGAGAGUGAUUGUUUAUAGUAACCAGCAACUUAAUUAAGCCUCAUUUGGCGCGCCGAACUAAAACGUCUAAGUUCCCGGGAAAAGUGUUUGAGGAUACUAAAUCUAACAUUGUACUUCACAACUAACUACACAAAACCUGUUUUGUGGUCACGUCACACAGUGUAGCUUGAUGCAAUCCUCAAAGUAUAUACGAGCU